AUUUUGAUACCCUUUCUAUUAUUUACCUUUACUUUGAGUUUUUCAUUUAUCCUUACCACAUAUCUAUUAUAUAAAUAAAGGCUCAUAAAGAAUCAAAAGGAUGUACCUCAUAUGUAAACUACUUUAUAUAGCUUUAUUUGCACUGGUUUCUGCGGCGCCGCCCUAUUUGCCAUUGUAUUAUCAUGAUAUUCUCAAUUUGUCUUCAGAUCAGAUAGGCUUUGUGCUUGCCAUCGCACCAUUUAUACAAUCCAUUUCAUGUCCCAUAUGGACUUACUUAGUUGAUAAAAAACCUGCUCUUCAUGGAACCAUUAUGGCUAUCACUGGAUUUUUGGGAGCUUCUGCAAUCAUGAUGAUUAUGCUUAUUGGACGUUACGUCACAUCUGAAGAAGUGAUCCCCACCUUCAUCAGUUGGGGAACUGAAGGAAAUAACAUGAAGCUUUCACAAUUGUCCUCGACCAGUUUGCUAACGGUUACUGCGACUUUAGCUCUUGCUUUUGCAUUUUUUGCACUACCUAAUAUGUCGUUGGUAGAUAGCGCAGUAAUGAAGAUAUUGGGACCUAAUAAACUGCUCUACGGUGAACAGCGUUUGUGGGGUUCCGUUUCAGCAGGAGCGACAAUUUUACUCGUUGGACAACUACUAUCUGUUACAAAUAGCUUCGAUGUUCUUUUAUAUGUUACUGGUGCUGCUGCAUUGCUUUUUAUGCUUUUCUCUUUCAUGGCUAGAGUUAACAACGAGGAUCCUCAAUGUACAUGUGUACCGGAGGCAUUACUAGAAAGUGCUGCUGUUACUAGUCUUACUCCACCUGUAGAGUCAUUAGAUAAUCAUCAGCACCAAGCCUCAAUAACAGGACAAAAUCUUAAGCCAGUCAUUACAGAUUCCUCAGAGAAACUACUUAACAACUACAAUAACUCCGCUGAGCAUCACCAUAAUUAUAGUCAUUACGGCAGCAUUUUCAAAGCAACUAGCAUUACUUCUGUUCAAACCAUUCGUGAAGAAGCAGAUGAAACAUUACAAGCAUUGGGUCAUUCUGACCUCGGCUUAGCAAUAUCACGAAUUGCUUCAGUUGAUCCUUCUGUUUCAGCAGGUCUUGUUGAUCUCACAGCGGAAGGUAUUCCAGCCGUUGAAAACGUCCUCAAAUCCGUGCGUGUCAUUACAUUUUUGGCAACAACUUUAUUUUUCGGUUUGGUUUUAUCUGUCAUUGUCAACUUUCUUUUCCUAUUUUUGAGUCGUGAUCUACAUAUGCCAGCAAGUUGGAUAGGUUGGACAGGGCCUACUUCAGGUGUCACAGAAUUACUAUGUUUCUGCUUUUCAAAACAGUUGACAGAAAAGUUCGGUGUGACCAACAUGAUGCUGAUAGCACAUAUUGCAACAAUCUUACGUUGUUUAAUGUACACCAUUCUUCAACCUGACUCACUCAUCACAAAUAUCACUGCUUUAUUAUUGCAAACAUUACAUGGCGUAGGCUUUGGUAUCUUCUGGGCAACUUCAGUUAGUGAAAUUGAUGGUUUUUUCCCUCCUGAACAGAGAUCUGUGGCACAAGGGAUUUUGGGUGCAUUACAUUUUGGAGUUGGCGCAGGGAUGGGUGCAUUUGUGGGUGGCUACCUUUAUGAAUACUAUGGUGCUGUCUGUAUGUUCCGUAUAGUUGCCUUGAUUGCUGCCAGUAAUAUGGCCAUAUUUUAUCUAGGGCGGCUGCAUAGAUUUAAAUAAGCACAAUAGACACACAUUUUAUCCAUAAAAUUGUAUUAAAUUUACCUGGCAUUCAACAAGUUGCAUUGCGCUUCCACUGAUGAAGAUGAGUUAAAGCUGUUUCCCAAACAAAGGAGUAUCAAAAUCUGCCACGCAUACUUGCGAGACGCUCGUAUUGCAAACUUCAUAAGAAACCUAUUCUAAUGUUGCUUUUUGAUCAAUGGCAUCCACGGUGGCUCAAAAAUGCGUGACAUGUGUAUUGUUUUCCCAAUUGGUUCUGCUUUAUCAGUCCCAUGUGAAUAUAUAUAAUCUCUCUCUCUGUAUCUUUUUCUCUCAAUAUUUAUCGUUAGUUUCGCUCGUAAACUUACGGGAAUUGUAAGAUCCCUUAAAAGACAAAUACAGGUUGUGGUUGAUGGCAAAAAAAUAAAAAAAAAAUAAAAUAAUAAUAAUAAAAAAAAU